UUUUUGAAACAUAUGAUUGUUUGUUGAUCUCAUUUUUAUUUUUUUUAUAUGCAGGAUUUACGUAUGGAUUUUUUACUACUAUUGGCAUAUCAGCUGGUGCUCAUCGUCUGUGGGCACACAAGAGCUAUAGUGCUAAAUUGCCACUCAGAAUACUACUCGCUAUUUUUUACUGUAUGGCUGGUCAGGUAAGAUUUCUAAGUAUAAAGUUAAAAAGUAAAAGAAAUAUGGAUUUGCGUAGUCUUCACAAACUCUUCACAACAUUUUCCGUUUUGCAGACUCAUCUGACUAAAUGGGUUCGCGUUCAUCGAAUACAUCACCGGUAUACAGACACAUCCGCGGAUCCACAUAACUCUAAUCGCGGCUUUUUCUUUUCGCACGUCGGCUGGUUAAUGAUGAAACAUCAUCCAGCGGUCAAGGAAUACGGAAAGAAUGUGGAUGUGAGCGACCUCGCUGCUGAUCCCGUGAUACGCUUCUUUGAUAAGUAAGUUCAAUAUUUCAGCGGAUUGAUGUCCUUACAAAAUUGUUUCAUUCAAGGUGUUUAGCAUUGUUCCUAAAUGAGAGAUUUGUACAGAUGUGUAACACUUGCGGGUGUUUUCUAUUGCAGAUAUUAUCCGCCAAUCAUGCUGUCAGUAUGUUUCGUUUUGCCGACCUUAAUACAAGUCUACUUAUGGAACGAAACGUGGGACAUAGCCAUAACUUCUACUAUCGUCCGCUACGUAUGGUCGUUAAAUGCGACUUUUGCCGUUAACAGCUUCGCUCAUUUAUGGGGCACUCGACCGUACGACAGAAAUAUUAAUCCAAGGGAGAAUGUAUAUGUGGCCAUCUUUGCUAACGGUGAGGGUUGGCAUAAUUACCACCAUGCAUUUCCAUGGGACUACAAGGCUGCGGAGCUAGGCUUUCAUAAACUCAAUGUGUCAGCCGGCUUUAUAGAAUUCAUGGCUUGGUUGGGACUAGCGUACGAUUUAAAAACACCGAGCCCUGAAAUCAUUGAGAGAUAUUGCGCGAAUAAAGGUGACGGCACGACCGGUCGUUCGAGACGAAAAACGAGACAAGCAUCUUCGAAACAUAUAACUACUGUCGAAUAAAUCAGGAGAUUGCUUUAAAUUAAAAUUAAAAUUUAUUUAAAUUUCGGCAAAUUAUAAUUUCUGUAAAUGUGGCUACGUGCGUGCUUUGCAUUUUUCAAUGCGCAUUGUCGUUGAAAAUCUAAGUAAGUUAAAAAAUUGUUGUUCUCGCAUUACACGGUGCACAUGUGAAAUAUAUGUACAUGCAUUGCACGAUUAAUGGUAAUAUGCAUUCUUGAUGACUCGAUUAGUAUGUUUUGAUGAGUGGCGCUUUUGCAAGAAUUAUGAAAUAGCGGGAUCUCUGUAAUUACUGAAUAAAAAUACCAUUAAAAAUAGUA